AUGGUUCCAACAUUUUACUAUGGACCACUACCAGUCAUUAUUUUCACAGGAGUCUUGAUAAUGGGUGUGCUGUUUUAUAAAAUAUUAAUGAGAAGCCUAGCCAGUAGAAGCGAAAGACACCAUGCAAAUGUCGACCUACCUUCAUACCAAGAAGUCAGUGAUGCCAAUCUACCAACUUACGAAGAAGUAACGCGAUGCUCAAGAUCAACAAGUUGUCAUAUUGAGAAAGAGCGGUACUAG